CUUCUUUUAAAGGGGAAGUAUGUGACCUACUUUCUGUUCCCAACCCCUACUGCCUUUAAUACACACCUUACUGCCUAAAACAAAGCUAGGGAGAACCCGUAUGCCUUGGCAAGGAUACCGUUUGAAAGGCCAACGGCCAGAGCAACUUCAGAAACCAUAGCCUGUCAACGAAUUCUGACCAGCCAUUUUCAAGGGUGUGAUUGAGUCUCUCUUUACAAUCCAGAAUUUCACAAACCGGAACAGUCCAUUUUUCGGUCUAGAUGUCCGUCUCGCCAGUAACAGUGACCCACACCACCAUCAAGACCUCGGCGUCGCCAGGCCUGGAGUCUUUGACUAUUGUGGGGUCCCCUCGGAUACUGAUCCGACCCCUGGGUCUUCUCCGUCUGCUUGAGCUGUCAUCUACCUGCUUGGCUUUCUCCCUAGUGGCCCAUGGAGGUGCGUGGAUUGGCUCCACCGGCAACUGGUGCAUGUUCUCCUGGUGUUUCUGCUUCUCCAUGACCCUGAUGAUCCUGAGCCUGGAGUUGGGUGGAUUCCAGAGAUGCUGCCCCCUGACGUGGCUGAAUUUCCCAAACAUCUGCGCCAGCUAUGCUUUCUUCUUCUGCCUGUCGUCUUCCAUCAUCUACCCUCUCACGUAUAUGCAGUUUUUAGAUGAUGGAUAUGUCAGGGAACGCGCUGUGAGUGCCACAAUCUUCUCCUGCAUCUCCUGUGUGGCUUACGCAACGGAAGUGACCUGGACUCGGGCAAGGCCUGGUCAGACAACUGUUUACAUGGCCACUGUGUCCGGGAGGCUGAAGGUCUUUGAGUCUUUCGUAGCCUGUGUCAUCUUUCUCUUAAUCAGCAACCCAAGCCUGUACAACAACAAGCCUGCUCUGGAGUGGUGCGUGGCCGUGUAUGCCAUAUGCUUCAUCCUAACCGUGGUGAUCAUCAUAGUGAAAGUGGGGAAUUACACCAACAUUGUGCCCUUCAACUUCGCCUCCUUCUUGACAAGUAUGGCCUUCCUGUCCGUCCUCUUCUACACUACAGCCGUUGUGCUCUGGCCCCUCUUCCAGUUCAAUAAGGUGUUCCAGGGCCAGCCCCACAGAACAAUGGAUGUAACCUGUCAGUACAAGGCUCCCCACUCUGUGUGUGCCUGGGAUCGCCGACUGGCCGUGGCAGUCAUGACUGGGGUCAACCUCCUGGCUUAUAUGGUUGAUUUUAAAUACUCUAUCUAGCUGGUGUUUGUCAAGGUCUAAGAUUCACAAGGGGACACCUUGACAUUCCCGUGCUGCAACAUCUUUGUUGUUGUCCUGUAUUCUCCUUCCUGUUUCCUUUUUCUCCUUCUGGUUUAUUUUCCUUUCCUUUCCUUUUUCUGGUUUGUUUCUCUAUCCCUUUCUCCUUUGUUUCUGAGCUGUCUCCAUAGCCCUUUGUUUCUUUGUCCCGUCUACAUUUAUCUAUUAGUUUUGUCGUCUCUUGUUUUCCAGCCACCUCUUUCUCUUUCCUGGGAGAACCCUCAGAUUUCUUCCUGUGUCUAUCCACAAUUCCACGACUAAAGAUUCUGACUAUACAUAUCCCAGACUCAUUUGCAAGUCGUUAUGCCUGGGGCCUGAGGGGCCUCUUGCCAAACUAUGAAGAAAUGUUGUUUUAACUUUUCAGGUUUCUUCUUUAAGCACUGUUAUUCUUACCUUAUAUGUAUCGUGUUCCCUCGGUUAUAACUUAAUUCAUAUUUCUAACUCAAACAUUAUCACAUGUUGGUCUCUGUCUCUCUUUCCAGAAUUCCCCUUUGCUUGAUUAAUUACUAUUGUAUGGGUUUGAUUUCAGAUUUAAUAUCCCAAAGCUCAUAUGCAAUACCAAAGCAUAUUUUAUUACAUAGGCUCAACUGGA